AUGUCCCCAUAUUGCCUUGUGUUUGGUAAAGCGUGCCACUUGCUUGUGGAAUUGGAGCAUAGGGCUUUUUGGGCAGUCAAGAUGUUGAAUAUGGAUUUACAAGCCACCAGAGAAGAAAGGAUGCUUCAACUCAAUGAAAUGGAUGAGUUUCACCACCAAGCAUAUGAAAAUGCAAGAAUUUAUAAGGAGAAAACCAAAAUGUGGCAUGACAAGCAUAUAGUGAAGAAGAACUUUGAAGUGGGUCACAAAAUUUUGCUCUACAACUCAAGACUUAGACUCUUCCCUGGAAAACUUAAGUCAAGAUGGUCCAAACCCUUCAUAGUUACUCAAGUUCAUCCAUAUGGAGUAGUUGAGAUUUUUCAUGAGCAAAAAGGCACUUUUAAAGUCAAUGGGCAGAGAUUGAAGCCAUACAUUGAUGGACCAUUAAGUUGCAGGAUAUUGCCCAUCAAGCUUGACAUUUUGGAAUGA